AUGUCCCGCAAAGUGAAAACAGAAGAGGAGUCGAAAAAUAUGCCGGUGUCAUAUUUGAGUGAGUUCAGGAGCGGCGGGCAAACGCAAACUCUCCCACCGUUCAGAGAUCUUUUGCCACAACAUCUCCAUGAAGAAAUAGAUUCAACGCCAUUUUACUCUCCAACGAGCUACCAUCUGCCAGGAACCUCUUAUGUUUCAUCUGCUUUUCAUCCUAGAUCGACUCGGGGAGCCAAUCUUUCACGCUCCCUGUCGACAACCAAAAUCGACAGUUAUGAUGGAUACCUUCUCCGAACGGAUAGGUUUUCAAAAGAUCAAUCCCAGGGAGGCGUGGCCCCUCUUAAGAGACAGGCCUCUGACACUGAAAUCCUCUCAGCAACAAAUCCGACUUCUCACUUCAACUCUGGCGGAGCACUUCCUCCCAUAAGGAACCUGCAACCGCUUCCUGCAAAUGUUGGUCCUUUCAGCAGAGUAAAUGUUGACACCAAACCACCCGCUUUAUCACCGGAAUAUCACAGCAAUUCCAACCAACAUACACAUUCCUUCGGCUCGAAACCUCCAGGCACUUAUCUUCCAGCAUCUCGCCCAUUUCUCGUCAUUCCCACGAAUACUCUCUCACAUUCAGAGCCUGCGAGGAUCAGUCAACCCUAUGAAAGUUCGCGAUAUGGACCUUAUCAGCAAUCCUUUCGGCCUGAGCUUGAUUACUCUCCAGUUUCAGCUGGUAGCCUUCAUGAUAGGAGUUAUGGAGCGCAAGGAGAGCCGAUUGACCCAAAAAAUAAAAAGAGGAGGGGCAAUCUACCAAAGUCCGUCACUGAUGUUCUUCGAGCUUGGUUCCAUGAACAUCUGGAUCAUCCUUAUCCUAGCGAAGAGGACAAGCAAAUGUUUAUUAGCAGAACUGGUUUAACUAUCAGCCAGAUCAGUAAUUGGUUCAUCAAUGCUAGACGUCGCCAACUACCGGCACUCCGAAACCAAGUGCGGGCGUCCGAACCGGAUAGAAACGGGCAUCGACAGUCCCCGCUAAGCGACAAUGAACAGACAUCUUCGCAAUCGAGUGUGUCAUCGCAUCAUUAA